GCGGAGAACGCACGCUAUUGUUAUAUCAUUAUCAUUGUCAUCGUCCGUGGCCAUUCGCGCCCGCCCCGCCGCGUCGCGACAGUUUUGCCCCUGUGUGCCGUCGACGUCGCCCGAAUCCUUGCCCCUUGUACCCUGAGAAAAUCGUGCUCCGUUGUGCCCCCGGAAGAAACCGCGCGAGCAACGAUCGGCAGGGACCGCGCGUGCAAGCGACACCCGGUGCAUCAACCGUCGACGACCUCGCCGGUGCACGCUCCUCGCGGGGUCAAAGGAUGACGGGACACACGGUCUCGCCGCCGCGCCCUCUGACAGCAAGCCGCGCACGGGGCGGCCCGCCUCUCUGAACACGUGGGAAAUACCAAGCCUCCCUUUUUCGUCCGCUCUUCGCCUCGCGCGAAAUCACCGAUCCACCUGUUCGCGAACCUUCAGUGGUUCCCGGUAUCUAGGCACCAAUCGAUCGCUCCACGUUCCCUUGAGCGGGAUCGUCGUCAACUGUAGGCAGCGGGAUCGCGAUCAGUCAAGUGUGAUCAGCUAGAUCGCGAUCGGUCGACAAGUGUGGUCGAUAGGUUCGCGAGUAGUCCUGUGAACAACAGAAUUGGGAACUGUCGUUUGUUGUGAGUGAGAAGGUACCUGAUAGUUGUUGCCUGUGAACGGUAGAAUAUGGAACAGUUGAGUGUAAACAACAGGAUUAGGGACAUUCGUCAACUGUGAUUCGCAAGAUUAGUCGUCGAAUGUAGCAAGGUAGCUGACAGUCGUCAUCUUUAAACAUCGGAGUCGAAGGCAGUUGAAUGUAAUUAGCAAAGCCGAGACCGGUCGUCAACCAGGAUCUGCAUGAUCGAGGACAAUCGUCAACAGUGAUUAACAAGAUCGCGAGCAGUCGGCAACUGUGAGCAAGAGGUUCUCGAACAAUCGUGAAUCGUGGUCGGAGGAAAUAGUCCGCGUCGAGUGUGACGGGUGGACGGAUUCGGCGUGGCGGGUUCGUCCGUGAUCUCUCUGCCGGACAAGGAGGAAGACGUCGUCUCGUCGAUUAGGAUCGCGGGGACCCGAUGACGGGGAGGAAGAGAAGGAGGACUCGGGACUCGACGGACGAGAUGGGCAGGAUCGAUCGGAAAGAGGCUACGGCUGACGCCUAAUUAAAUCGAUUAGACUUUGGGGUUAAUUGUUCUGGAACGUUGGUUCCGUUGCACGUCCGUCGCCGCUACUCUCGUCGUUCCUGUCUACGUUGCGACAGAGAGCGCGAGCGAUUCGCGAGCGGGCCGAUCGAACGAAAUCGUCAGCCGUUGACAAGUCGAUACGGUACCGAAGACAGUUUAGAGUUGUCAACGCGAGUCGACGAGGAAACUUUGUUGGCGAGUGACGUGCCUUGUUUUGCUCUGUAAGGGCAUUUCCCAUCCGCGUCGGGCGAACAACCAGUGUCGCCUCUUCUUCGCUUCCCCUCUGGUGCCUUCUUUUUCUUCCUCUCCUGGGUUCUUCGACGCUGUUCCCGUCCAGUUCUUCUCGCUCUGGUUCCCUCCGUCCGUUUCUAAUCGUUCCUUUUCUGCAUGGCCGGCGAUCGGAUUGAACCAUCUCCGGCGUGGUUGUCAUCGCCGUCCCCGGGCUGUGAAUAAAUGUGAACGCGUGAAAACUGGUGUCCUUCGUCCCGUGGCCAGUGCCGUGUUAUCGUCAUUCGUUGACAAACAACCCUGGGCUUCCGUCCGUGACCUGCUCCGAUCCUGUGAUCGCGGUUCGGAGCAAGAAAACCUGCUCGCGCGUCAGAGCGCGUAACGCUUGGUGACUACGUCGAUUGCUCAAUUAGUUUUAAACGUGCUCGCGAACAGUGCACCCGCGAACGGAUAGCUCUACUCGUACGUUCCUGUGACCAGUGAUCAGUGCGAGGUAUCCUCGAAAUCUCGUGUCAAGCGUGGACCGUUUGUGCCGUGAUAUCUCGAGCUCCCGCCAGCAAGCCGAUUACGCGGACGGAUGGUCGAGGUGAUAAAUGACUCGCGCGACCGACGCUCCUGUUCAGUGGAAGCUGCCAGUUGGAACUGACGAACGGUGUGCUUCCUGAUGUUCGCCGUAAUUGUCCGCCGGUGGAUGGGGUCGUCACGGCCAUAAACUCGAUCAGCUGGAAGGAGAUUCGAAGCCGAUUGAGGAUGUCCUCAAAGAGGAAGUCACCACCAACGAAGCUAUCGGAGGGCGGGGGCGGCACGGGUACAGUGGCAGGCGCCAACGAGGAGGAGGAGGACACGACCUCGUCGGUGACCGGUGGUCCCGGUGGCGAGACAGCCGUCGGCGAAGAGGAGCCCACCACCCCCGUAGGCAUCGAGGAGUGCUACCCGCACCAGAGGGGCGUUGAUUGCGAGUCGUCCGGGUGUUCGUCACCGGCGACGACCAGCGAGCCUGAUCUCAGGGACUCCCCAUCGCCGUCGUCCAACUCUCUGCGCACCAGCAAGCGACAGAGGAUCGUUGCCACCGGCCAGGACACGCUAACGCCCUACCACUACCCCCAUCACCAUCACCAUCACCACCAUCAUCAUCACCAUCACCACACGAACACAUCGUCUUCGUCGGGUGGUGUCGUGGAACCUGCUAGCUCCUCGGAGUGCGGCUCACCGCCCACACCCCUAACUGUCGACCCCUACUACCCAGCACAUCCUCACCACAAUAACAACAACACCGUCACGCAGAACAACAACAACAACGGCGGCAGCAGCGCCACGCAGGGCAGCAAGAGAUCCAUGGACGACGUACUGAAGAGGUUAACCUGCAAAAUGAACAGCGAGUCCUUGUCGCUGCAGGACGACACCACCAACAACAGGCGGAUCACACCGCCGCCGUUGUCCACGCCGACUGGACACAACACCCACUGCGGAGGCGUCGCCAGCGUGCCGAACAGCGUGGCGCCUUCACCCCCGGCCUCCGGAAGGAUGCAGAACACGGAAGGACAGGUCCAGCAGGACGGCGCCUCGGCGCUCCAUAGGGUCCUCUGCGCGGAAAGCUUCGCAGAGAAGGAACGAAGGCUCUCCGAGAUGAUACUGCAGCUGCAGCUGCUCAGGGAACAAUUGCUGCAACAGCAGGAUCAGUCGAAGACGUAUCCUGCGCACAUGACCGUGGACUCGCAGAAGCAAAUCGAGAUACAGCGACUGCAAACAGAGCACCUGAAGCGGCAGCAAGAGCACAUCAUGCAGCACAACAUCCAGGAGCUGCAGGCUCAGAUGACAAAGAGCCAGCUGAGCAUGUCGGGGCCACAAUCCUUGAUGUUCUUGCCGUUUCUCGAACAGCUCCGAGGGGUGGCCGUGCAAUCGCCAAUGCCGCCACCGUCGGCCACGUCGACAGCCACCACCAACAAACAUAUCAAUUCGAUCGCCAAUAUGAUCAGCAGCCAUCGAGAGGGUCCGAGCUGGGCGACGGCGCAUCUGGCGCAGAUGACCACACAGAUGGAGAAGGAAGCGUCCCCGACGCCGAUCUCCUCGGCAGUGGCGCCCACCGCGGCCCCCCUUCAGGACAUCGACGCACCAUUGAACCUCACCAAGCCCAAGUCCUCUUCUUCGGGGGCCACGGCGUCCUCUUCGUCGCCUGGGAGCGACUCCCACUCGACAGGGGCCGGAAGCAGCGGUCAUCAGGAGCAACCUCUGGCCGCGACUGCGCCUAAACUCUUUCCGCCUGGACUACCAAUGCCACGGAAUUACUUGACGACGCUUCCCUACGCUGGCCUCCCCCCGCACCUCAGCAGCCUCUCCUCGCCAAUGGGCAAGGUGAUGUCCAAGGAGGAAUCUGGGGGACCUGGAGGAUCCGCGGCCGCCGCGGCGGUGGCCGCCGUGGAGAAGCACUUCGCCAUGCACGGGAUUUACGGUCUGCCGCAGAGCGCAAGUGCGAUGCCGCCGUCGCCUCAGACUCAACGACCGAUCAAGCAUUCUGGCUCCCGGGAGGAGGCUACACAAGAGGAACAAGACUAUCUCUCGACGCCUCACAUGUGGCGGGAGCAAGGUUACAAGGUACCGGAAGACAUAACGGAAAAAGCGAAAAUGGUGAGACAGCAGAAAAGGGAGAGCGAGAACAAGCCACAUAUCAAGCGGCCUAUGAACGCGUUCAUGGUGUGGGCCAAGGACGAGCGUAGGAAAAUAUUGAAGGCCUGCCCGGAUAUGCACAACUCGAACAUAUCGAAAAUACUCGGUGCUCGGUGGAAGGCGAUGUCGAACUCCGAAAAGCAGCCCUAUUACGAGGAGCAGUCGCGGCUGUCGAAGCUGCACAUGGAGAAGCACCCGGACUACAGGUACAGGCCGCGACCGAAGCGAACGUGCAUCGUGGACGGGAAGAAGAUGCGCAUCUCCGAGUACAAGUCGCUGAUGCGACAACGACGACAGGAAAUGAGGCAGCUCUGGUGUCGCGACAGCGGCCCGGAGAUGGGUUUCCUGUCGCCGGUCGGCUCCGACAUAAGCGGACAACACCAUCCAGGAUCCGCGGGCCCGUCCGGCCGUCCAUCCGUCUCCCCGCCUGCGACGAUGUUGAACGGAGGUGGAGCAGGGCCCAGCUCGGACCAUCCAUCCUUCUACUAUCCCCAGGAUAGCCUGUCGCCGUCUGACAUGAUGAACUUCUCUCCAGAAAACUCUGGUUCCAUCGGUGGCUACGACGCCAGUCCGCGGCAUCACGACGAGGAUUGAACCGCGGCUCCGGGUCAGCCGCCAUGGCCACCCGGAGCAUCAUCCUCAGCAGCGUCAACGUCUCGACUCGGCCACGAGUUGUUCUGGUAACUGGAGGCGUCCUCGAGGUCCUCGAGCUUAGAAAAUGCUCGGGAACGCGAGUGGCGAGAACGAAAAACGAGGCGCGCGGCCGCGUUUCCUACGUGCUGAACGCGAAGACUCGCGUCGAGGAAGAACGUUCAUCUCGGAGUCGUACCGAGCGCUUCGAAGCCUCGCUCGAGAGGUUGUGAUAUAACGAUUUAUUUCUGUGCCAUCGUACGACGCGAAUCGGAGCGGUCCUCCAUCCUGGAUCCGCCGUCGUAUCGCCUAACGCGUACCACAGAUGGAUUCCGCUCUAGGCGUCCUCGCGUCGCGCCAUGGGACGAGUGUGUUGGUGCGUUAGGCCGACCACCCUAUGGCGUUAUCCGAGGCUGAAGUUUCACGGGACACCGGCGAACGUGAGAUUACCGGGAGGAUAACGGAGUCGACGAUUAUCCCGCUUGCUGUCGCGAGAGAAAAGGAAGAAGCGGCGGCGGGACGGUGGCGGAGGCGUUUCCAGCCGGGCAGGGACACACGGUGUAUUCUGUUCUUCUGUGUAAUCAAAACCGCGACCAAGGCGGCGCGAUCCGCUGAACGAUAAGGUCUGAUGUCGCGUGGUUAGGUAACGUUCCGAUACCUGGUGUCCACUUGAGUUUUACUCGUAGGGACUCGGUGCCGAGAACGAGGGCUCUUUCACACGAGCAAGCGGAAGAUCCUUUGCUCUGAAAGCUGCCCCGUCACUCCUGUGCUCUCGGAUACCGUCCGUGUCAGCGAACCCUUGUUCACGAUUCCGUGUCCACCAGAUUUCUGUGUCUAUCUCUUGGCAGAGACUCCUGGGGGCGGAGGGCUUCAGUGGACAUCAGGCACAACCCUACGCGCGGUUGUUGUUCGAACGGAGCAGGAAGCAACACGAGUAUAGGAUUAUACAUAAAUAAAUAAAUAAAUAAAUAAAAUAUAUAUAUACACACAUUAUAUAUAUACACAUACCUGAUUUUUCGUAAGACUGCCAUGUGUGUCACGUGCGCGCGCGGAAGGAUCGAUUCGAUUGGAGUCUCCCGCCGAUGCUCGAUCGAAACACGUUCGAUCGAGAGACGAUCGUGACACGUAAUUGUAUGCACGUGCGUGCGAGAUACGGUGCGCGGCCAAAAAAGUCUUGUUCCUAUUCCUUCUAGUGUGUAUGUGUGUGUCCAGCGAUACGCCAUUCCGGUCGGGCGUGUCGAUGAUGAGAAUCGAAGAUGAACGAGAAAAAGAGAGAGAGAAAGAGAGUGAGUGAAAAAGCAGAAAAAAAAAGAAAAACGCUGAUCCGUUCAAUCGCAUCUCGGGGAAUCCCGCGCGCGUACACCGCGUGUGCGCGCGAGAAGCACGCGCGUCGAGGCUCAUUCAUGCUAUCGACUUUCCCUGACGCGAGAGUUUGGUCGAGACAGUGUGAAAUGAAAUCCAUUAUUAACACGUUCACUCUUCCCAUAAGCAGAGAUAGAGGUCACACGUUCUGGAUAUGUAAUAACUACGAGCAUCUUGAAUCCCACCUGUUCUGAUCCACACAAAGGCCAGGGUCAACGUGCCAACAAGUAACGGUUAGCUCCAAAAUAACACAAAUUAUUGAUUUGAACUCUACGAACGUAGUAUAUAUAUUUACCUAUUAAUCUAACAAUGUUUAAUGAUCAUCGUAAAAAUUGCAAAGUAACCACUAUCCAACUCUGCUAUAUCGGAACUCGUGCACCUGGUGGACUGCUCCUCGACUAUAAGGCGAUACUUUCGACCACCUCUAUCAGGCCUUUAUCGACUCUCGUGCGAUGCAGAAUGGACAGCAUGAGUGAGUCCUUAGAUCGUCCAAUCCAGCGUCCCGCACGACGGACGGUCCUUUUUCCGUAUACACGCAAUCACUAUAUCCGGUAUUCGCACGAGGACCGGUGGACAGAGAGCGAGAGGAGACAGGUGGUGUCGCUGUCGAGCGAUUCACCUGCACGUCAAGGUAACCACGUUCGUUCGAUCUAAAUCACUUAAUAGUACUUAUAGUAUUUUCGACAUUAAUUUAUUCACCCUAAUCGUAACGACGGUUACAAUCGGAUCGAAGUCAACGGGCCACUAGAUGCCACCGAGUGGUUGUCCCUAUCGUUUCAUGUAUCCCAUUUUUUCACGAGUUUAUAGUCGCCGGAACAAAAUGUAAUCACCUCGUGAAACCUGCUGGGUGCCAAGAUGGUAGCAACCUUGACUGCAGGGUGCCAACAAUUUCAGGAAUAAAUUGGAGGAAUGCCUUUUGGGGCACUAAGACUUGGGUGUUCCGAUGCUGCGAGUAGUAAACAGUAGGUCAUCGUGCAAAGAUGGACACAAUUUUCUUGGAAUAAUUUUUCGAUUGAAAAAUUAUUCAGGUAAGCCUUUAUUUUGUCAAACCUGACAUCUGAUUAUUUUUCAUCGGAAUUCCUAAUAUAAUAAUUCUUGCCCAUCUCUGCCCUGUGUACCCAAGAGACCCAUUUGUUUGUACCUAAUAAAAGGUAUCGGUUUAUAGACCUAUCGAAACUGUCCGAAGAAGAUCGCAAUAUUUGUUCCCUCGACUAUACGGUAGAGGUUGAUACGAUACGAUUCGAUUCGCAAUUGGAGAAGUGGUCUUUAGUGGCUCGACAUUGAGUUCGCUCUGACCAUAGCCGAGACAGAGUUGAGAUACUCGGGAUUAGUGAUGGGGCCGAGGUGUGUUUGGAUGCUAUCGAUACAUUGAUAUUAGAUAACGAUCCUCUUGUAUCAAAUCGUCGAAGGAACGAUUACCAACAGUUUGAGAUUUUUUGAGACACGCGAUCGUCGUAUCGAUACGUAUCGAUUACAUCAAGUUUUAUAACUGUUUACAAUUCCCAUGAGAAAUCAAACAAGCCAAUGGUGUUACGGCCAAUGCCAACUGGCUGAUAAUAAAGAUGUCUUCCCUUGUCGCUCCUCCUCAGUUUGCUGCUCAUUCUUAGGUGACUGUUCCGCCAGUCCAGUAGCUCUCAUUUCUUCAUUCUACUAGGAGACUGCAUAGUUUACAUAUUUACAAUAUAUAUAUAUAUAUAUAUAUCAGUUUUUAUACGCAUACGGAUAUCAUAACACCACAAAAAUCUCACGACUACCACACGUACAACACACACAUUCCGCGCAUAUCACAUACAUAUACAUACACACAUCGCAAACAUAAUAAAGAAUAAAUAUUUAUUCGUUCGUCUUUGUCCUUUGUUACUCGGAUGAAUGAUUUGGAACGAAACAAUUUUAUUCGAAUGAUUAUCUUAAUAAACAUUUACACAAAUUUAUUCUAGCAAUAUCCAACUGUGAUACUAUAUCAACGUCGCCGUUGUCUUGUUGAAGUCUCAAUGAUCCUUGAUGUUCGAAUAUACAAUUCGAUACACGAUACAUAAGAAAUAUCGCACAUUUACGUUUUACCAAUCCUAAUGACUGCUUAUUUCGAUAGCUUUGAAUUGAUACCUAUAAAUAUUAACGAGUAUGUCAUUAGAUUGGCCCCAUCACUAAUCGAGACGGCUUGUGUACACUCGGUUCAAACGAUUCUAACAAGGAACAUCCGCAAAGUAUCACUCCCCAAUUUUCUUGAAACUUCGCAGGUUUAUAGAACGAAAAAAAAAUUAAAAAAUGCAAAUAUCCCCAUUUUCGACCAUGUUAGUAACUUACAAAGUUUGGUCAAAAAGGGGGAGUGGGAUCGCUUCGCGAAUAUUCCUUCUAGGUGUACGCGGGCGAUGGAUGAAACACGACGAAGAGAAUAUUCAAAAGAGAAACAGAAUGCAAAGAAAUAAACCGUAGGGAAAGAGUGUUAGGGGAACGGGAAGAGUUGUAUAAGGGCACGCGCGACGUCAGUUUUUAGUACAAUGUUACUGUAUAAAAUUACGGCGGGGAAUUAGCGUUAUUUAUUGAAACGACGUGCGAACGAAACGAUGAAAUUCUAAUGAGACGUUAUGUUUGUUUUCGAUGUCUGGAACACGCUGUUACGUUUUUUCCACAUUUUUCCGAGUUGCGUUCGCACUCUACCCGGAGAGGGGUCGAAGCUAACUUUGUUUACCGUGUUGGCUCGGUGCUGAAAAAAGGGGGGGAGGGGCGAGUACCGAUCGUAAUAGCGAUACAGCGAGUCGCUAAAUUAUUGGCACCGAUAAUCGAAAACAUCGAAAACGAAGAAAACAUGCUCUAUCAUGCAGCACUACUUUGAAGUUCGAUUAUCAAGCACUCUUUGUGUUUCCCAUACCAAUACCCAAUAUUUCGCCUUAUAGCGAGGAACAACUGUACGUAAUUCAAGUUUUCGUGUCAUUAAUUUUAAAACGUAAAAGAAUCAUACGGAAUUAUUAACAGUUUCUCUCGUAAUUAUAAAACAUAUUGUCACUGUCUCAUGCUUUCAUCAAUCUCGAAUUUAAACCUUCGAUGUUUUCGUCGAAAAAUAGAAAAAUUCUUUUUAUCAGUGUCAAUAAUUUCGUAGCUCGCGGUAGCUAAACGCAUGUAACGUCUCGUGGUUCGAGGAACGUAUCGAAAAACCGGACAGCAAAGAUUGGGAGCUCGAUGUGAUAAUAUUUAUGUGCCAAAUAACGUUUUCGCGGGCCGGAGGGCCAGAGGACAGUGUGUGCGCAUGGCCCAUCCGGUUCCGGGUCGCGGCGGAAGUUGGCUCGACGUGAAACACGAUAACUUUUGCGUCUCUCCUUUUUUCACCGUUCUUAUUUCUUUUUUUUAUUUGUUAUUUAUAUUGUAAUCAGUGCAAUUCUAUACAAGGUACCUAAUAUAAUUUUAUAAAAAGAGCCAGUAUCCUCGAUGCGUCUGCGCCCGUGUUUCGGGCCGGUCGGUUCAAAUACCGCGGCCGUCGGCAGAUAGGAUAGCUUAAUGUUGAUAUAAUAAUUUAUUUUAUGUAUAUACAUGGAUUUGUACAAUUGCCUCGGCGGUAUUCAUCGAUCAGAACGGCCCGAUGCAAAAAGAAAAAAAAAAGGAAAAAACCACAUGUCAAUACUAUUAAUGUACAGUGUAACUAUAUUGUGAUGUAUCCGCGUAGCUGCAUAUAAUAAUGUAAUUACCUCCCCCGAGGACACCGUAGGUUUAACGAUGUUAAAAUGCGAUCGCAUAUUCUUAUUUUCAUGGUCAUUAUUACGUCUAUUAACUAGCCUUAAUAUUAUUAUUAUUACUACCGCCUUCAAUUUUA